AUGGGGCACUUCGCUAGGAACUGUGCAAAACCAAGAGACCAAGAUCAGCGACCACGAAGGGAGGAGAAGCAGAAGCGGAAAACUAGCGAUGCGAAGCCUCAGGGAUCUUUCUCAGCGCACCUGGAAAAGUGGUGUGGUUCUGUGAAAAGUGGUGUCAAUGACAACAAGGAAAAGGAGGUAGUGACCGAAGCAUACGGAAAGCCCUUUACCUGUAAAGUGAAUAUGUUGGGCAUGACUGUAGAUGCUAUGAUUGAUACGGGAUCAGUAGUAUCCAUAGUCCCCCUGGGUCUGCUGUUGGAGGCAAAGAAAAAUCGAGUGGAUCUGGACAGCCUCGUAACUAUGAUGGGAAACGGGAACUCGCAAAAAGUGGUGGACGCCUCAGGAAACGCUAUGCGUUUUCUGAUGCUUAUCGCUACAGAAGUGGAUGUUCAGGGAGCGGGCCGAGCCCGUGUUCAGCAAGCAGGAGACCAAGAACAGAAAAAUAUAAGUGGAGGCAUAAUACGAGCAGCCCAUAGGCACGUCAUCCCGCCAGGAGGAAUUUCUUCAGUACCGGUGUCAGGGGACACCAAUGAGGAGGAGUGCAUCUUUUGGUCUGAGAAUGAUCGCAUUGCGUCCGGAGUGUUAAAGAAGGAAUUCGAUGGUGCUCCUAAAUCUAUCGAAAUUGGGAACGUGGUGGCAGUUGUUGCAGACCAAGACUGGCUCGUAGAAUUAAGAAAAGAUGAAAAUUUUGGAUCAGUCAUAGAGGCAAUAGAGGAACAAAGGGAAGAGGAAGUCACGUUGGCGCGAUACGGUAGGAAACUUACCUCGGCCGAUUUCGAAAUCAGCAAUGGAAAAUUGCGUCUGAUUCGCGAGGAUGGCUCCAAGGUGAAUGUGAUACCCGAGAGCAAGCGACGAGAACUUUUCGAGGAAGCACACCAUGGACUCAUGGGUGGCCAUUUUGGUUCCAGGAAAAUGCUGCUUCAGUUGGAAAAAAUAGCAUUCUGGCCGGGAAUGAAGCAGGAUAUAGCAAAAUGGUGUCGAGGAAUGCCAAACGUGCUUUGUCAACAACAGCCAUAG